ACAACAAGAGACGGACAGAGCAGCAGAAGAGGAGAGAGCGAGUGAGAGAGAGACAUCCAGAGGCAGCACAGAGUGGAAGCAGCACUCCUGACCACGGUUGGAGAAAAAACAUCCAGUUUGCCAACAUCUCACCGGCAGCGAACGCCUCUUCUCUCUGACCAUUUGGACGUACAUGGAGACCCCCACUUGGCCAGAAACCAAGCCAGGAAGUGGUCUGUGCAAACCAGGAACCAUUGCUUUGUUUGGUAACGUGGUGUACAGCGAGCUACUCAACGAGCACUUGUGGCACUUUGGGCUUCCACUCAUCACCAGACUGGGUAACCAAGAGGCCCCGGCUCCCCCUGAAGCUAUGGCUCAACCUUUCCCACAAGCCCAGUAUCCACCUCCUUCACAGAACGGGAUCCCUGCUGAGUAUGCUACACCCCACACCCACCCACCGGCUGACUACACGGGAACAAGCACAGUGGGCGAGCAUACCCUAACACUAUACACGGCGACACACACACAGAGCGAGCAGCCAGGAAACGACAGCAGCACUCCAGCUCUUACUACUAACACAGUAUCGCAUCCAGAGGACGUGGCACAGACCGAGGGUUCGCAGCAGCUCCACCUGCAGCCCAGCGAUUCAUUAGAGAAGCAGCAACCCAAGAGGUUACACGUCUCUAACAUCCCUUUCCGGUUCCGGGACCCUGACCUCCGGCAAAUGUUUGGGCAAUUUGGAAAGAUUUUAGACGUGGAGAUUAUUUUUAAUGAACGAGGCUCCAAGGGUUUUGGGUUUGUAACAUUUGAAACCAGUGCAGAUGCUGACCAUGCACGGGAGAAACUAAAUGGUACAAUCGUAGAGGGACGAAAAAUAGAGGUGAACAAUGCCACCGCCAGAGUAAUGACCAACAAAAAGAUGGCAAACCCUUACACAAAUGGCUGGAAGCUGAAUCCAAUGGUUGGAGCCGUAUAUGGUCCUGAAUUUUAUGCAGUGGCAGGUUUUCCAUACCCCAGUGCAGGAGCAGCUGUUGCCUAUAGAGGGGCUCAUUUGAGAGGCAGGGGCCGCGCCAUCUACAACACGUUCCGUGCUGCACCUCCGCCUCCACCUAUCCCCACCUAUGGAACUGUGGUCUACCAGGAUGGAUUUUAUGGGGCAGAAAUAUAUGGAGGAUAUGCAGCCUACAGAUAUGCACAGCCAGCUGGUACUGCUGCAGCUGCUUACAGUGACAGUUACGGCAGAGUCUAUGCAACCGCAGACCCCUAUCACCACACGAUUGGUCCUGCAGCCACAUACAGUGUGGGCACUAUGGCUAGCCUUUACAGAGGAGGGUGCAGUCGCUUCACUCCCUACUAGAAAAGAGGGAGACAGGCCCCCCUUUCCUUUGCCGCAGACAUAAAAA